AUGGCGGCAGCAACAGGAGCAGCUGAGGGGGCACCAGCGAGGGCACUGUCGCAGAAAGAGCUAGACAUUCAGAUGAUGUUGGCUGCCGAGGUCCAUCUUGGCACCAAAAACUGUGACUUCCAAAUGGAACGUUAUGUUUUCAAGCGCCGCAAUGAUGGAAUUUAUAUCAUCAACCUUGGGAAAACAUGGGAGAAGCUUCUGCUGGCUGCCAGGGUUAUUGUUGCAAUCGAGAACCCCCAGGAUAUUAUUGUUCAAUCUGCAAGGCCCUAUGGUCAAAGAGCUGUCCUCAAGUUUGCUCAAUACACUGGUGCUCAUGCAAUUGCUGGAAGACACACUCCUGGUACCUUCACUAAUCAGAUGCAAACUUCAUUCAGUGAACCUCGUCUCUUGAUCCUCACUGAUCCAAGGACCGAUCACCAGCCUAUCAAGGAAGCAGCUCUUGGAAACAUUCCAACCAUUGCAUUCUGUGACACUGACUCUCCUAUGCGUUAUGUGGAUAUUGGAAUUCCUGCUAAUAACAAAGGCAAGCACAGCAUUGGAUGCCUGUUUUGGCUGUUGGCAAGAAUGGUUCUUCAGAUGCGUGGAACUAUUCCUCAAGGGCACAAAUGGGACGUUAUGGUGGACUUGUUCUUUUACAGGGAACCUGAAGAAACCAAGCAACAGGAAGAGGAGGAAACAGUACCAGCUGCUGAUUAUGCGCUCCCUCCUGCUGAUUAUGGGAUUUCUGCUGGUGAAUGGGGUAACACAAUAACUGAUAGCCAAUGGAAUGCUGAUGUGGCCCAACAACCCAUUCCUGCUGCCAAUUUCUUCCCAGAGCAAGGUGUACUCUCUGAUGAAUGGGGUGCAGCAUCAGCACCAGCAACAGCACCAGCACCAGCAGCAGCACCAGCACAGCUACCUCCUGCUGAACUUGGUGGCCCUGCUCCUGUUGCUACUGGCUGGGAUGUUUAA